AUGUCACAAUUUAUCCAUGAUGGCCUCAUACGUCUGGUGAUCGAUUCUCUGAUCCUCAUCGGAGUCGCAAGUAUAUUGGGCUCGGUCUUCAAUCGUCGAGUUGAAGAGACGUACUGCCCUCAAGUAAAAGACUGGGAUAGAUGGAGCAAGCAAAAUUGGGCGGCGAGUGGAUCUUUAGUCUGCCUAUUGAGCGUUGCAACAUUGAUAAGACCGCGGACCAUCAUAAUUUUUAUUGGGCGUCAGGGCAAGCGUCCACUUAUACAAGCUAAAUGCGGGCAAUUUUGUCUUCAAUCUUUGCAUGCCGUUUGCGACCAUUUCUCGCUGGAAUCACCUGGACUGUUUGGGGGUCACAUAGGAGUGUUGGCGUCAGGUUUGAAAGCAUUGGACGCAUUGAAUAAGCCCGCAAGAAGGCUCUCGGUGGACUGGCCGUUUGCGAUGGCCGUCUUCGCUAUUUGCGCUAUGGGAGAUGUGAUUGUGUAUGCCCAUCGAACCACGAAGACCGGAGCGCAAGACUCGAAGGCAGCAAGAGUACCAGAUCAACGUGCAGACGAGACUGGGAAACCCCUAACAGGAGAAACGAAAGAGAAUGCAGCCAACGAGUUAGAGACAUAA